UAGAUUUAGACUUAGUAUGUUCGACUUUGUAAAUUUCUUGGUACUAACUACAAAUAAUUUUUUUUAUACUUAGACAUUUUAAUACUUCUAUAGUACCUAAUACCUACUACUUAGUAUUUAAUAUUUAUUAAUUUAUUAUUACUAUUUUAUUAUGCGUGCAAUAAGUUAUUUAUACCUUCCGCGUCGAUUCGAAACAAUUGAGUACUUAUUUGUUUAGUUGUUGGCUGGUGCCUGACGCCACACUUGUUGGCCCCUCGGAAAUCAUCUUGAGCCAUUUAACUGCUUUUAAAUUUUUUAGUUUUAUUAGACAACCUAUGCUUAUUUUAAUGCAAUCUGAAUGAAUCGACGGCAAUAGUGUACCUAAUAAAAUAUUAAACCAAAAACGAAAAUAUGGCUGAGCUGAAUAGUGAAGAUAGUUCAGAUGGUACAUUAGUUAUCGAUGAACCGAAUUACGAUAAUCAAACAAUUGAAAUAUCAGAUGAUUCUGAUUCUGAUGUGGAAGUUGUUAAAUUAAAUGAUGAUAUAGAAGAUAAUUCAGACGUGGAAGUUGUUGAAUUAGAUGAUAAUGUAAACGAUAAUUCGGAUGUGGAAAUUGUUGAAUUAGAUAAUCAUGUAGAAAAUGCUUCUACUUCAUUGAAUCCUUCAGGUUUAACCUGUAAACCCUGCUCUAGAGUAUUUUCUACUAACAAUGAUUUACUCAAUCACAUCAGAAAGUUUAAAGGAAGAAUAGGAGGUUGUACCAAUAUAUCAAAUAAUACAUUUACUAAAAGAAAAAAUGUUGAAAACCCAAAAUCUGAAUGCUUAGUAAAAAAGAAACGUGGCAGGCCUCCAAAGAAUAAUAAUGUUAUUGUUCCUUCAGUUCCUUUACCAGUUCUCAAACCUGUUCCUAAACCUAUUCCCCUAAAUCGUCCAUCGAUACCAGAAUUAAUACCAAUAAUAUUCAAGACUGUUACCAAACCUACUACUGAAACCAAUAAAACUAUUUUACCAUCUCUUAGUCAAAUAUUAGUUGAUGAAAUUGAACCCGAAUAUCCAUGUACAGUGUGUGGUGAAGUAUUUCGUCAUAAUAUUGCUCUUUUAUGUCAUUUGAAUACUGAACACAAUAAUGAAACAAUUAAUAAAAAGGACGAAAACAAAGAUAAAAAAUCAACAAAAUUGGGUGUAAAAAAACAGAUAGUGAAAAAACAUCAUGUUAAUGAAAAUAGGCAAAUAGAAAACUGUGAGCCCAUAUCAGACACUGUUGAUUUAACACUAUUACCAGAUUUGAAAAAAGACAGCUUGAUGAAUAGAAUGAAAUCUUACAUUGGUACUUCAGACAAAGGUCAAGUAACUUGUCUUCUAUGCAAUAUAGAAUUUAAAAAUACUAAAAAAGCAUUAGCUCAUGUCGAAGAUAAGCAUAUAAUGGAUAAGCUAGAAUGUGGUUAUUGUAAUAUGAAAUUUGUUUUUCAAUUAAAACUAAGAAGUCAUAUGGCAAAAAGACAUAAAGUUAUUGGUGUGUACAAAUGUGAUAAAUGUUCAAAAAUGAUAAAUAACGAAGAAAAAGUUUCUCAUUCAGAAGAAUGUAAAGGAAAAGUGAACCCAAUAAUAAUCAAAAAAGAAGAAAUGUCUAACAGUUUAUAAAUUUAAAUAAUUAUUUAGUGAUUUUAUCUUUUUGGUCUUUAUGUAAAAAUGAAGCAAUAACAGUUGAUAAAUUCAAAAUAUAUGAAUAAAUUAAAAAAAUUAUUCAUGACCAAGUAGUUAUUAAUCAAUACCAAAAAAGACUAGUACCAAUAAAUGUAUUUAUUUUAUUUUUAUUUAUUUAUAAUUAGUCAAAUUAUCUAGACUGAUGUUAUAACUAUUUAAAUGCUUUUUGUUUAUUUUAUCAUUUAUUUAUUUAAGUUAUUUUAUUUUGUUAAAGCUUACACAUAUUAUAAUAUACUUUAUAGGUAUAGCAUAUACUCCUAUAUUCAAUGUUAUACACCUAGUCACAUGUAUUUGUUGUUUUUUUUAUUUAUUUAAAAAAAUACAAAUUUGUUAUAUUUUA